AUGCCGACAUCUGCAUCCUCCAUUUCGUCCGCGCUGAUUCUGUGCGCCACGUCCUUCUCUCUGGGCGUUCUGUACUCCAACUGGCCCUAUGAUUUCUUCACUCUGUGGACGGCCGCUCCGCCGGAGUCUCGAUACACCGCCUCUCUGGACCACUACAAGGCGUGGUACGACUGCCCCAUGUUUGUGUACCACAUCCACCACACGGUGAUCGGACUGGGGCUGAUUGGCUUCUUCAUCAAGCUGUACAAGCCCAGCGAGUCCAACAAGCUGUUUGACGGCGGCUCGCUGUUUCUGUACAUGGUUGGCGUCACCAUCUACCUGACCAACAUCCGACGGGGCCUGGCGUCGGCCGUGGACGGCAACUGGGGCGACGUGGACGAACACACGGGAAUCAACGUCAUUGCCGCCUCCCAGGUCAUGAUUGUCUUUGUGCUUCUCGGCGUGCUGGGGCUCCAGGUGGGCCAGUGGUGGGCCGAGCGAGAGGACGCCAAGCUCAAAAAGAAGUUUGACGACGAGGAAAAGAAGGAAAAGAAGGACAAGAAGGAGUCCAAGGAGUCCAAGAAGACCAAGUAG